GUCAGUCGCCGUCUUCCCCAAAUCACAAACCUUCCGUCACGGCGACAGUCCUCCGUCGUCCCUGAUCGCUUCCCUUCGCCGUCGCCUUCACACCCAAACCGAUCCCUCACCUAAAAAAUACGGAGGCAAAAACCCAAACUCAACGCCCCCCACCCAUUCCCCUCUUCUUCCUUCACUCCUCUCUCUCUCUCUCCCAGUCCCUUCUCUUCCCCCACCGUCGCCGGAGCAGAUUCGCCUUCAGGCGCCCCGUUCAGCUCCGGAGCUCCAUUCCCACUGCCGGCCCAGCUGCCACGCUCCCGCACGUCGGGUGGGUCCCAGUCUCCGUCCAAAUGAAGCGGCUCAAGAGCUAUUACAUGCACGUCAAGCACCACCACCCGCCGGAGCGCCGCUGGAUCUUGCCCGUCGCGAUCGGCUCCGUCGGCUCCCUCUUCCUCUUCUUCCUCUCGACCCUCACCUCCUCCGACGGCUCCCGGCUGCUCCCCUUCUACCGAUCCGGCCAAGGAUCCAGCUCCGUCUUCGUCGAGUCCAAGCUGAAGCCUCUCCCCAUCUCCACCCUCCCUCCCCCGCCCCGGUUCGCUUACCUCAUUUCGGGCUCGGCGGGGGACGGCUCGAUGCUGAAACGGACGCUGCAGGCGCUGUACCACCCGAGGAACCAGUACGUGGUCCACCUCGACCUCGAAUCGAAGCCCGAGGAGCGGUUGGAUCUGAAGAAUUACGUCGAGACUGACCCGACAUUCCUCAAGUUCGGGAACGUCAGGGUGAUCAGCAAGGCGAAUCUGAUCACUUACCGGGGCCCUACUAUGGUUGCCAACACCCUCCAUGCUGCGGCCAUUCUGUUGCGGGAAGGCGGCGACUGGGACUGGUUCAUUAACCUCAGUGCCUCUGAUUAUCCGCUUGUUACUCAGGAUGAUCUGCUGCACACAUUUUCUUAUCUGCCACGAGAUCUUAACUUCAUUGACCACACGAGUGAUAUCGGGUGGAAGGAGUUUCAGCGGGCAAAGCCGAUAAUAAUAGAUCCAGGGUUGUAUAUGACCAAGAAAGCUGAUGUUUUCUGGGUCACACAGAGAAGAAGUGUGCCAACAGCUUUUAAACUCUUCACAGGUUCUGCAUGGAUGGCACUAUCUCGGCCGUUCAUCGACUACUGCAUUUGGGGAUGGGACAACCUCCCGAGGACCGUCUUGAUGUACUAUGCAAAUUUCAUCUCCUCCCCAGAGGGAUACUUCCACACAGUUAUCUGCAAUGCCCAGGAGUUCAGAAACACGACAGUGAAUAGUGACCUUCACUUCAUCUCGUGGGACAAUCCCCCGAAACAGCAUCCCCACCACCUUAAUCUUGGUGACAUACGGAGAAUGAUCGAUAGUAAUGCUCCCUUUGCUCGUAAAUUCACACGGGACGAUCCCGUGCUCAAUAAGAUCGAUUCUGAUCUGCUCUCCCGGAACCCUGGGAGGUUUGUCCCGGGUGGGUGGUGUAUAGGGAGCCGGGAGAAUGGGACAGAUCCGUGCACCGUUGCUGGAGACUCUGCAGUGCUUCGGCCUGGGCCAGGAGUGAAACGGCUUGAGAAGUUGAUAAGCUCACUGCUGUCGGCUGAGAAAUUCCGGCCGAGGCAGUGCAAGUGAAGAAGAUUGAAGCUUUAGGUGAUCAUUUUUAGUUAAUGUUGAGAUUAUAGAAGGAUACAAAUUGGUGGAGGGAACUCAAAUGCCUCGGUGGGAGAUAAAUCCUCGGGUCACUUGACGGAGCAGGACCUCCUUCAAGCGGCAGAGCAAAUAGUAAUCUAGUAUGCUCCGAGCAGACUAUUAUGAUGCCCCGUUUAUCUGAUCACAAAUUCUGAGGAGGAUUAACUGAGCCCUGCACGAUUCGGACCCCUUGAUGCGGUAAGAAGGUAAGAGAGCAGCUAAAAGUUGAGAGCGUUGGGUUGGGGGGGUUUCUCUUUUUAUCGUGCAAUUUGUAUAAAACGUGCUUUCUCUGCGCGAGACCAUUCCACUGUUUUUCUUUUAUGGGACUUUCAUUGUUGCUGUCAUACCCCAAAGAAGAUAGAGUUAACAUUUGGUGGACCA